ACCAACCAUGGUUGCUCCAGCCAGCGCCUGGCCGGCCCUUUCAGGGGCCUCCGGUCGGGAUGCACCCGCAGACACCACCGCCAGAAUUCUGAACGCCAAUUAAGACGAGCUCACCGCGGACCUUCUGAAGAACCCAGGGGGGCGGACUGGCGCGCAGAAUUCUCUCAGCUACGGCAGCAGACCCUCGAGAUGCGCAAGGACUUAAAUGCCGUGCGGGAAGCUACCGAACGGCAGAUAUUGAGCCGAGCCGGUCCAUCCACCUUUGCCAGUAUCGUCCGAGAUGCCCCAGCGCCUUGCCAUCACCUCUCAUCUCACGGUUCUGCCUCCUCAGCGGGGGUCACCGCCUUGGAAGUCACCCAGGACUGCGAGGUGACUGUCAGGCUUAACGACCAAGCAGCAGUCACUCAGUACCGGCGCGAGACGCCUGCUUCUCUCACUAAGAAGGUCGACCAUAUGCGAGCUCGCACGGCGAUAUCUAUAGGGUCUGUACCGCUAGCGGCCGUUAGGAUCUUAGCAUCCCGCCAGCUGCGAUCAGGCGAUCUCCGCUUUACUGUCCGGUCUGCCAAGGAAGCGGAAAUUCUUCGGACGCACCGGGACUGGGCUUGUCGCCUACACAAGAAAGCUGAGGUUCUACUGCCGACGUGGGGUAUUAUUAUCAACGACGUUGACGAUGCGGUUAUAUCCAAGCUGGUGGCUGCUAAUUUACAGGACUGGGGUGAGGACGUGGAAAUUAAGAAAUUGGAUUGGCUCCGUUCGCCAGUUGAAAAGUCGGGCUUGCUUGUGGCGGAAUUCUCUUCUCCAGUCGCCGCCAACACCGCUAUCGACCGGGGUGUCCUUUGGGAUGGUAAUUGUCUAUCUGCAGUACUCUAUGACCGAGCCACAUGCGUACGUCAGUGUCGCAAAUGUCAAAAAUGGGGUCACAUAGCAACUACCUGCCGAACUAACACCAAACCGACAUGCGUGUACUGCGCUGGCGAGCACCUUUCUCGGAGCUGCUCGCAGAAAGCUUGCAGUACGCUGAAUGAAUUCAAGUGCGCCAAUUGCGGGGGCGCACAUGCUGCGUGGGCGACAGAGUGCCCCGAACGGGAGAAAGAGGUGGAGAAAAUGAAUGAAAUGAGCCGGUACAGUCCGCGUUACCAUCCCGUUCCUGCAUACUACUCAAUCCAUGCGCCGUCCGUGACGUUCUGUCCAUCGCCCGCUAGCUCGUGGGGAUCGCCGGUGGAGUCAGACUCUAGCUCCAGCGGGUCAAGCGGCACCGAGAGUAGCGACUCACCCGCAGAGUGA